CUACUCCUUACAUUCAUUCCUAGAAGGCUAGAAGCAAGUGAUCAUAAAAGGCUUAAAACACUUUAUUUUGUUUCUCCCUAUUGCUCCAAUGGCACACAGAGUCUUUCUUCUCUCAUUGUUUAUGAUACUACUUCUACAGCAACAUUCUCAGCUGGUGGCAGCAUCACGUUCACUAAUGCUUCAUCCACCAGCUAUCCCUAGAGCCUCUUUGAUGGGAAAGCCAGUAAGCCCUCCUGCCAUUGAUUUUGAUUGGUUUAGUAAAAAUCAUUACAGGACAUUACAGGAAGAUGCUUUCCGACCAACAAGUCCCGGGCGUAGCCCUGGUAUGGGCCACCAACAACCACCAGGUUAUUAAUUAUCCAUAGGUUCCCAACUAUCUGUGAGUGUUGUGACAGCAGAACAUCAGUUGGCUGCUCAAAAAUAAAGUUUUCCUUCAGUAAUGCCCUGUAGAAUGAGUUUGGACUUGCAGAAUAAGCAUCAAUCUUUUUUUUUCUGUUUUUUGUAAUAUGAAAACCUACUUUGAAGGUGUUGUUACGUGUGUUGCAGCGGUUCUAUUUGUAAAAUAGGUUUGUUUAGCACUGCUUGUUGCUUUGUGAAAUUAAGACUUGAACUGGUCAGUUGUUAAUGUCUUUUUUUAUAUAAUAUAUGAAGUAAGCUUGU